AUGACUCGGUUGUUCCCGGGCAUCUGUCUCAAAGCCCCUCGGCUUUUCCCAGGCUCCACUGCUGGGCUGGAGGAGCAGCUGCCCCACGUCGAGAGGUACGAGACGGUGCUGCCGCGGGAGCUGCCGGCGCCCCGGGGGAAGAGGGACCUCUCAGCGCCUCCGAGCACCUACCCAGGCCAAGUCCGCUACAGCAUCCGUGCUGAAGGCAGGGAAUACCUCCUGUGGCUGGAGAAGAACAGGGCCCUGCUGGGGCAGCACUACACCGAGACUCACUACUCCGCUGACGGCUCGGAGAUCACGGAGAAGCCGGACACACAGGAUCACUGCUUCUACCAGGGCCGCGUGCGGGGACACCCGGGCUCGGCAGCGAGCAUCAGCACCUGCGGAGGGCUCAGCGGGUUUUUCCGGGUGAAUGACACCACCUUCCUGCUGGAGCCGCUGGAGGGGGCAGUGGCCGGCCGGCACGCAGUGUACCGAGCCGCUCACCUGCGGGGGAAGCGCGGCACCUGCCGGGAGCCCGGCGCCACCCUGGAGUACGACCGCGAGCCCAAGAUCCCUGCAGCCAUGAAGCUCUACCGCUGGAAAUCAGGUCCCAUACAAAAAGGCCCCCGGUACGUGGAGCUGGUCCUGGUCGCGGACAACCAGGAGUUCAGGAAGCACAAGGACCUCCGCACCGUGCAGAACCGCAUGAAGGAAAUCGUGAACCACGUGGACAAGCUCUACCAGCCCCUUCGCCUGCGGGUGGCCCUGAUUGGCCUGGAGGUGUGGAACCACCGGGACAAAAUCACAGUCAGCCCCAAGCCCGAGGUGACACUGGACAACUUCCUUCACUGGCGGGAGUCGGAGCUGCUGCGGAAGAGGCCUCACGACAACGCCCAGCUGAUCACGGGCAUCGACUUCCACGGCAACACCGUGGGGCUGGCCAAGAAGCUGGUGAUGUGCACCAGGGACUCGGGUGGCGUCAACCAGGAUCACAGCGCGAACCCCAUCGGCGCCGCCUCCACCAUGGCUCACGAGAUGGGGCACAACCUGGGCAUGUCCCACGACGAGGAGGUGGCCGGCUGCCGCUGCCCCGUCUCCAAAGCUGACGGGGGCUGUGUCAUGGCAGGCAGCGUUGGAUUGGUUUACCCCAAGCUCUUCAGCCGGUGCAGCGAGCAGGACAUGUGGCAGUUCCUGGGGGACCCCCGGACCAGCUGCCUGCUGAAUGCGCCGCGGGCGGACGAGCUGUACGGGGGGCCGGUGUGCGGGAACCAGUUUGUGGAGCGGGGAGAGCAGUGUGACUGCGGCACGCCUGAGGAAUGCUCUGAUCGCUGCUGCAAUGCCAGCACGUGCCAGCUGAGAGAGGGAGCCGAGUGUGCCCGAGGGGAAUGCUGCCAGGACUGCAAGGUGAAGGCUGCAGGUGCGCUCUGCCGGGCCAGCAAGAACGACUGCGACCUUGCCGAGUACUGCAGCGGCCUCAGCGCCGAGUGCCCGGAGGACGUUUUCCAGGAGAACGGCGUCUCCUGCCAGCGCGGCAAUGGCUACUGCUACAACGGGGCCUGCCCUUCGCACGGCGAGCAGUGCCGGGCGCUCUGGGGCGCAGAGGCGCAGGUGGCUCCUGACGUCUGCUUCAAGCACAACAGCGAGCAGCACGUUCACCUGCACUGCCUCACCGAGUACGGGAAGCAGCCCUGCAGCCCCAAGGAUGUCAAGUGCGGCACGCUGCUGUGCCUGAGCGACAACACCCAGCCCAUCCUCGGCAGCGGCUACUACUCCUUCGGCUACUACUUCGGCCGCUUCAAGUGCAAAGCGGUGAUCGCGGGCAGCGACGCCGGCGAGGCGGCCGAGCUGCGGCUGGUGCCCACCGGCGCCAAAUGCGGGGAGGAGAUGGUCUGCUACGCUGGGCGCUGCCAGAACCUCCUGGUCUACGGCGACAAGAACUGCUCGGCCAAAUGCAACAACCACGGGGUGUGCAACCACAGGCGGGAGUGUCACUGCGACCCCGGCUGGGCAGCGCCCUACUGCGAGCAGGAGAUUUCAGGGAUAGCCGCAGGGAGCGGCAGCGUGGUGCUGGCGGCCGUGCUGGCCGUGCUGGCCCUGGCCGGGAUCGGGCUGGGCGGCGGCGUGGUGCUCCUCAGAGCCAGGGCGGCGCGGCGCUCCCACAAAGGGAGCUGCAGCGGGACUCCCUCAGGCCUCGCCAACCCGCUGUUCCAGGAGGGCGGCCGGACGCGCCCGGGCCGCCGCCAGCUGUCCCGCCGGGACAUCGGCCAGCCCAGCCUGGUCAGCAGCACG